UGGGGGGGGCCCUCAGCGCGGCGGGCGGGCGGCGGCGGCGGAAGAGGGACCGCGCUGCCGGGGGAGGGGGAGAGGGGGCGACCCCCGGCCUCCCCCCGCCCGAGGGGUCACCUCAACACCGCGGGGACCCCCCUCAAAGCCCAGGGGACACCCCCGGGAAGCCGCUUCCUGCUCGGGGCCGGCCCGGCAGCGCCGGGGCCCAGCCCGGCGCCAUGGAGCCCCGAGCCGGCGCCUGGCAGACGUCGAACGCGGAGAACCUGCCCCCGCAGACGCUGCGGCUGCUGUGCAGGGAGGUGUCGCUGCUCAGCGCCGACCCCCCCGACGGCAUCAAGGUCUUCCCCAACGACGAGGACGUCACCGACGUCCAGGUGGCCAUCGAGGGGCCAGGCUCUUCCUCCUCCUCCUCCUCCUCCUCCUCCUCCUCCCCGCGGGGGCCUCUCCUCGCCCGCCAUGGGCAACGCCAAGAGCGGGGCGCUGUCCAAGGAGGUGCUGGAGGACCUGAAGACGAGCACGCGCUACUCGGAGGAGGAGCUGUGCCGCUGGUACGAGAGCUUCCAGCGCCAGUGCCCCGACGGCCGCAUCAGCCGCGCCGAGUUCGAGAAGAUCUACGGCACCUUCUUCCCCAACUCGGACCCGCAGGGCUACGCCCGCCACGUCUUCCGCAGCUUCGACACCAACGACGACGGCACGCUGGAUUUCCGGGAGUACAUCAUCGCCCUGCACCUCACCUCGUCCGGAAAGACCCACCUCAAACUCGAGUGGGCCUUCUCGCUCUUCGAC